CGCGGCUUCCGUACUCACUGGUAGCGACCCAGCAGUUCUUUCGUGAGCAGGUGGAAGUGUGCUGUACCAACUUUUACUUUUUCUGUUAAGCUAUGGCAUCGUCUGCAAUGAUCACAGUCCCCACCACAGCUUCCCGGUUUGCCCUGCUCCAGAUAGACUCGGGGUCGGAUUCUGACGCCUCUGAAACGGGGAAGUCUGUGUCCAAACACGGACACUCCUCCGGGAAGCCCCGGCAGGGGAAAGCCGGAGCCGGCGGGGGGAAAGCUGCCCAGGGAGGCGACAAGAAGAAGGACAAGAAGAAGAAGAAGAAGGAGCAGCAGCAGAGCGAAGCAAACGAGUUGCGUAAUCUAGCCUUCAAGAAGAUUCCUCAAAAGUCCAGUGGCCCUGGACCCUGUAUGACCCUGUCAGGGAUAGCCAGUGAACUUCUUAAUCCUGUACCAGGGGAACACAACAUGCCUGCAGAAGGGUGGCAGCAGUGGAAACAGAGAGAUGAGCAGAUGACCACAGAACUGUAUGAGGCAGAUUUGGAAAAGGCAUUGAUUCUAAGUAAGCUGGAGUUUGAACAACAGAAACAGCAUAACAACACAGAUGCAUCCUCGCCAAAAUCCAGGGGAGGAAAAGAGAGUGGAGGGAAGAAGGAGAAAAAGAAGAACCAGCAGGCAAAAGAGAAAAAGACAGUUUCUCUGCAGGACUUCCAGGCUGAAGGCAGCCCAGAGCAACUGAAUAAGAAACAGGAGGACACCAGAGUGGCAAACGUAGCAUUAGGAAUUGGUCAAGAGGAGCGUUUCUUUAAUAAAUUGGAAGAUGACGUGAAUCGCAUCAUUCAGAGGGAGAAAAGACGCGAGCAAUAUUCAAACAGCCAAGGGCUAGAAGUCAGUACCUCCACAGAACACGAACCGGAUCCCCGCGCGGAACAGUUGAAGUACGAAGUGGAAAAAAAAGACCAGGAGAUUGAUAAGCUAAAGAAAACCAUCUCACAAUGGGAGGUGAAAUACAAAGAGGUGAAGGCAAGAAAUACCCAGCUGCUAAAGAUGCUCCAACAGGGGGAGAUGAAGGACAAAGCAGAAAUUCUUCUACAAGUAGAAGAGCUACUUCAUAUUAAAGAAGAGCUAUCAUCACAGGUAACAUUAUUACAUGGUGCUCUUGAACAAGAAAGAUCUAAAGUUAAAGGCCUGCAAUCAGAACAGCCAAAACAUCAGGGAAACAAGAAAGGGAAGAAAAGCUCUGAGACGGAUCUAUGAAGCUCUAUGUUUGAAAAAAAUGUGUGAAAAGAAAACAAUUGAGUAAACGACUGAACAAACUGUAGAAGUAAAAAAAAUUGAUCGUAAUCAGGGUUCUUCUUUUCUUUUUUAACUCAAACUCCCUGUCAGCCUGCAUGUCCCAGUGAACACAAACACACACACAUGCAAUCACAGAAUACACUCCAGACAUAGCAUGCUGUAUUACACAACUAAACAAGAUUUACAGACGCUUUGAAAAACGGUAAACGUUUAUUUUGAAUUUGUUGCUCGGUGCCCGACGCUGCCCUCUGCAGGCAUCAGUGUGUCACUGCAGCGUGAGUAUCUUUUAAUUGGAUUUUGAUGCCAAAAUGACUGAAAUCUACGUAGUUAUUAUUCUUUUUCACUGAUAAGUCAAUAAAACACAUUUUCAGUGAAAACAA